AAAAGAUGUCGCAAGCUAAGCUCAGCAGGGAGUACCUUGUAGAUAGGUGCCCGAUCUCGACUGCAACACAAAUCAAGAUCCAGACGGACCAAUUAGAGACUCCAAUCGGCCUCGUGUCUAAGCCCGAAUGUUUCCCAACUUCCCCUAUUCAGGCCAAGACGGGAUCUCACUGACAGAGGCUCAACAAGGGAUCGCCGUUCUUGGGAUAGCUUGGCAAGGAACACCAAGAAGGGAAUUGCGCGUCACAUUGAAUAGAUUCAGAGAUAGCGGGUCUGUACUCCAUAUCACAAAGUCAUGGCUUGGAGUGAUUCAGGGCUGUGCACAAGUAUAAGGAUGUCUCCCUCCUCCGGUUUUCGACCCGGACCCCGAGCUGUGUGUGAAGUAUGCUCACUUUGCUUCUCAUAUGGUACGAUGGCAGUUCGGGAUUAUCUAUUGGACCCUGUUUGUGUCUAAUUUACUGGUCUUGUUUAUUGCUUCGUGGACAUAUAUCCGUGGCCAAGCAGCUAUGGAGAAGCUUGCUCAUAAUCCUAAAGCACGAACGAAGCGAAUACGGCAGUCUGUCAUGAUGUGUCUUGGAUGUGUCUCUGUCUCAACAGUCAUUGUCGUCAUGGAAGCGUACUCCAUUUUGGCUCUUCAGUUUUGCGACGGUGAAGACCUCAUCUCACUUUAUUGGUCUACCUGGACCAUGAUCCAAGUUGGUUCAUUGAUUGCCAUGAUUGGUAUCAUUCUUGCAAUGGCACAUACCCUUCGUGGAAGACAGCAUCCACCAUGGGCACUUGCAUUAGGUACACCCGUUCUUGUGAUUGCCGGAUUUCUUCAUCUAUUCCAUGAUUGCACCAAGAAGCGAAUUCGAAGCCGUCGCCGAAGAAACGACUACGAUGAUCCCAUGGGGCCUCCAAUGAGUCAAGCUAACACAAUUUCGGUCAACCCCGAUGAAGAAGAAGACAUCGAAUACAAAGCACAAGUAAUCGGGCUUACAUUCGAUGGUGGUCCAAUCAUUCGAUACACAGAUGCUGUACCCGAAACCCUACCUGAACAUGCUCAACUCUUGGGAUACUGCGCACAGAGCAAGCCUAUCGUCAUGUGUAAGCGUGAGACUGUUCAAUUUCUGAUGGACUCUCCGGCACGAGUACCACCAUCAGCAUCACCGGCUUUCCGCAAGGGUAACUGA